GACGUUCUCUGUCACAAUCCAGGAAGUGGGUCGGUGGCCGUUGUUUGUGUUCCUGACUCGAGAUUUCUGCGCCUGUUUGUUUGCUCGCUGAAAGCCUCCAGGGGCCGAAAUGGCGACGUUUAUUUCUGUCCCGUUGAAAAAGUCGUCCGAGGUGGACCUCGUGAAGCCGCUGUCGAAGUUCGUCACCGCCUCGUAUCCAGCGGGCGAGGAGCAGUCCGAGUACCUCCGAGCCGUGGAGGAGUUGAACAAGCUCCGCAAGAGCGCGCUGGGAAGGCCGCUCGACAAGCACGACAGCUCCCUGGAAAUCCUCCUGAGAUACUACGAUCAACUGUGUGCUAUUGAAGCUAAGUUCCCCUUCUCCGAAAACCAGCUCUGCCUAACGUUCACAUGGAAGGAUGCCUUUGAUAAAGGAUCCCUGUUCGGUGGCUCCGUCAAGCUCUCUUUGGCCAGUUUGGGCUACGAGAAGACAUGCGUGUUGUUCAACUGCGCAGCUCUGGCCAGUCAGAUCGCCGCAGAGCAGAACAUCGACAACGACGAGUGUCUCAAAGCUGCUGCUAAAUACUACCAGUUGGCCAGUGGAGCGUUUGGUCACAUCAAGGACACAGUGCUCUCUGCACUGAACAGAGAGCCCACCAUGGAUAUCUGUCCUGAGACUGUAGGAACUCUGAGCACCAUCAUGUUGGCCCAAGCCCAGGAGGUCUUCUUCCUCAAAGCCACCUCAGACAGGAUGAAAGAUGCUGUGAUUGCAAAGCUGGCCAAUCAGGCUGCAGAUUUCUACGGCGAAGCCUUCAAGCAGUGCCAGUACAAAGACAACCUUCCAAAGUAUUUUUAUUUUCAGGAAGUGCUGCCGGUGCUGGCGGCCAAGCACUGCAUCAUGCAGGCCAACGCCGAGCUGCACCAGAGCAUCCUUGCCAAGCAGAAGAAGCGCUUUGGAGAGGAGAUUGCUCGUCUGCAGCAUGCAGCCGAGCUGGUGAAGACUGUUGCGUCUCGCUAUGACGAGUACGUGAGCGUGAAGGAACUGACUGACAAGAUCAACCGGGCCCUCACCGCAGCCAAGAAAGACAAUGACUUCAUCUACCACGACCGGGUGCCCGAGGUCAAAGACCUGGAGCCUAUCGGCAAGGCAGCCCUCGUCAAAGCUACUGCUGUCACACCUCCACUCAGCCAGAAGUUCACAGAUCUAUUUGAGAAGAUGGUUCCCAUGGCCGUGCAGCAGUCCAUGGGCAUUUACGGUCAGAGAAAGGCCGACACGGUGAACAGACUGGUGGGAACCAUGAGGGAGGCCACCAAUCUCUGCAACGGCGUGUUGGCCUCUCUGAACCUGCCUGCCGCCCUGGAGGAUCUGUCCGGAGACUCCAUCCCACAAUCCAUUGCUGAGAAGUCCAGAUCGAUCGUGGAGCAGGGAGGGCUGCAGAACAUCGAGAAACUCAUCAGAGAUCUGCCGGAGCUGUUGACUCGCAACAGAGAGAUCCUGGACGAGUCUUUGAAAAUGCUGGAUGACGAAGAGACGACAGACAACGAGCUGAGAAGCAAGUUCAACCAGCGCUGGAACCGAACCCCGUCUGGAGAUCUGUACAAGCCCCUUCGUGCAGAGGGCACCAACUUCCGCAACGUCCUGGACAAGGCAGUGCAGGCCGACCAGGUGGUGAGGGACCGCUACAACGCCCAGUGCGACAUGAUCGCCCUGCUGUGUAAACCCGAGAGCGAGCUCAGCGCCGCCAUCCCCUCGGCCAACCCGACCAGGACCCUGCAAGGCAGCGAGGUGGUGAACGUGCUGCGCUCCCUGUUGGUCCAGCUGGAAGAGCUGAAGAAGGAGAGGGAGACCCUGGAGGGGGAGAUCAAGGCCGUGACGUUCGAUAUGUCCACCACCUUCCUGAGGGCGCUGGCCCAGGACGGCGCCAUAAACGAGGAGCAGCUGUCGCUCGCCCAGCUCGACGACUCCUACGGGAGCUACAACCAGAAGGUGUCGGCCAGCAUCACCAAGCAGGAGGAGCUGCUGGGUCAAGUUCAGACGGCCCACCAGGAGUUCAGCAGCCUGAAGCAGUCCAACAACGAGGCCAACCAGAGGGAGGAGGUCCUAAAGAAGCUGGCUUCUGCUCACGACAGCUACGUGGAGAUCUGCAACAACCUGCGCGAAGGCACCAAGUUCUACAACGACUUGACGGAGAUCCUGGUCAAGUUCCAGAACAAGUGCAGCGACAUCGUUUUUGCCCGCAAGACGGAGCGCGACGAGCUGCUCAAGGAGCUGCAGCAGAGCAUCGCUCGAGAGCCCAGCGCUCCAUCCUUUAAUGUCCCCGCCUACCAGACCACUCCUGCGGCCCCGGCCCCGGGCCCGACCCCUGCUCCCAGAACGGUCUUUGUCCAACCACCUCAACAAGCCCAACAGCAGCCCCAGCAGAAACCUCAGCCUCCUUCCAGGCCACCUCCGCCCAGCUUCACCCCUCAGGCAGCCUCUGCCACCCCCACCAGCCCAGCAGCACCCACCGGCCCUCCUACGGGCCCUCCUGCUAACAACCCUCUACCCGUGGCACCACCCUCACAGGCACAGGGACCGCCCUACCCCACCUACCAAGGCUACCAAGGAUUCUACCAGAUGCCCAUGGGCUACAACCCAUACGCUUACGGUCAGUACAACAUGCCCUUCAUGCCCUACCAGGGAGCCCCAGGGCAGGGAGGAUACCCAGGAGCGCCCCCAGCAGGACAGCCCUACCCUGGCUACCCCCAGCAGCAGCCCCCCCAGCAGCAGCCCUACUACCCCCAACAAUAACUCUGCUCUACAUCCCCUCAUUCCUCUUUUCACGUGUUAACACCAAAUAAAAAAAACAUCCUCAGCAAUAACACUUCAUUUCAAUCAUCCCUCUUCUUCUUAAACAUUAGGUUUUUUUUCUCUCUCACCAACACAGCGGCUGUAGGACAGGACCUCAGAGCUGCUUUGCACUUUUUUCAAAAAAAAAAAAAAAAAAAAUCCUUUACUUUACAUUACCCCUACAUCUAAAAAAACAAAAACCUUUUGUUUAAUUUAGCCUUUCCUCUUCAGUUGUUGAACAGCACUUUUCCUAAACUAGUUCAUCUUUCCCCAGUCCACUAAUCCCUGCCAUUUGGCACCAUGAGGUUAUUGUUGUGUUUUUUUUUUAUUAUUUUUAUUUUUUCUUCUCUUUUCUAACAGUUUUGUUGAGUGUUUAAUUUAAACUCUAACCAGUUCCCUCUGACACGCGACUCCUUGAAUGAGCUGGACUGCUGUACAAACACUCGUGGAUGAAACCUCUUCCAUUUCCCCGGUUUGGAGGCUUGUUCUUUGUUGUCUGGGCGAGUGGCCGUUUCCUUAGUCACUCCCCUCGCCCAGUUAAUCAAACUUCAACGCUUCUCUAUCGGCUAUAAUCCUAUUUUUGUAACGAAUACUGAUGCCGCACUCGUGUAUAAAAAAACAAGAGGGGGCCCUGUAGGUUUUUCUAUUGUAGGUGAUGACGGAUUACUUCUCUGUUUUCUAUCUCGUUGUCCAGGGAACGUGGGUUUAUUUCUGUGUUACAAUCAGAGGCUGUACAAGUAGGAGAAAUGAUGAUGAUUAUUAUAUGAAUAUAUAUAUAUAUAUAUAUAUAUAUAAAUAAAUAAGACUGUAUGUGAUUAACCAAAAUAUCUGUGUGCUGCCCUCUCAUGCUUUUGUUUUUAUUUUUAUUCCUCGGCUCUAUAAUGUGAUUAAAAAAAGAGAGAUGACAAGCA